AUGGGCGGUCCAUCCUUAUGGGACCUUCCUCCCGAACUGUACGGGACCCUAGCAUCCUUCCUGGACCUCUCCUCGCUCAUCGCGCUGUCCCAGUCCUCUUCCGCAUCACGUCAUCUUGUGCUCGACCACCUUGCGCCGAGCCACAUCCGCUCCCGAGCUCACAUCCCAACCCCGGAUCGAUUGCGCCUGAUCAACCAGUGCAAAUGGCUCGGUCACAUUGAUCGCAACUUUACCCAGGCCCGUAUGAGCGGCUUCUCUCUCCCCAUCUCGGCCCCACUCGUCGGGGAUUCGACCAGAGUCGUGCCCGCGCAUCACAAGAGUCGCAACGCGUUCGAGAUGCCCUGUUUCCGACUGUGGGUGAGCAACCCCGAGACGAGGAACUGGAGAUGCCUCGUCACGUCGCGGAGGUCGACAUUACAGCUGUGGCACGUCGGGGCUCCCGGCUCGCGAGCAGAAUUGGCCCCGGUUCCCAUGGCCCCUAACAUCGUUCAAGCAGGAGGCGCGAGCGCGGCAUCCUCCUCGAGCAGGCUUGACAUCAACGACGACAUCACGAGCAUAAUCCUCGCUUCGGGUCCGGAUGGCGCUCUUGGCUCAACGGACCUCAUCAUCGCCAGGCUAUCAGGUCUAAUGCAACGCAUUCGAAUCGAAGAACCGUCUUGGCAUGCAACCCAACGACGCUGGAUACCAGGUCGGUUCGUCGAAGUAGCGCAGUACUCUCCCGCCCACUCUACUACUCCGACAGCGAACUCGACAACGUCGACGAUCGUGCAAUCCAUCUCGUCCGGUAAAGGUCUCCUCAUCUCGGCAUCGACACGCAAGCCGCGCCCUUCGGUAACCCCCCAGCGAUCUGACAACGUAACGCGAGUUGCAACUCCAAUCCCCGAAAUAGAUCGCAUCGCUCUUUCCGAAGCGGUGAAGCGAAGUCGCCGAGUGAUCGACGCCUCCACCUCUCAUUGGAUCACGAUCCAUUUCCUCAUUUCGCCCUGGCUCGAGCCAUUGCGUCAAGAACUCCCGACCAAGCCCUGGUCGACCCUCAUGAUCCCUUCUUCCAACGAUCUCGUCGUUGGUUCUUCGGGGUACUCCCCUCUCUCGCUAGGCACCCUCACUCCCACCUCGUGUAGCCCCCUUCGGCCGAUCGGGAUCCCUCUCUCCCGACCGUCAUCCAUCUAUUCCCUUGCCUCGCCCACCCCUCUAUCCCCUCUCCUGAACCCCGCCCAUACCGUCCUUUCAGCAUACUACAACUCCUCGAUCCUUAUCCAUGACCUCCGUCUCCCUAAUUACCAAAGUCAAGUGUUCAAGCUGGAAGACCCAUGGUCUGACGAUCCGGCUUAUUCAGUCGCUUGUGGUGGCGCGGCAGGAGCUUGGGUCGCCGGAGGCUCAGCCAGGAACGCUUCGAUCCGUCUAUGGGAUCUUCGUUCUUCGACCUCUCGAGCUCUUUCCCUCAUCUCGACAACUGCACCUCCCACGAACGAUCAUCAAUCGGACUCAUCGUCGACCUCAACCCCUCCCGCAACUCGCAGUAUACGCCACCGAGAUCUCGACCUUCCGAACCCGAGUACCAAAGCCCAAGGCCUCACUCUCUUCUCACCUCAUCGGGACGAUUCGCCGAUAUACGCCCUCGAAUUCAAACUUUCGCGACUUUGGGCAUGUACGGACAAGAGGAUCGUUGGAAUCGAUUGGGAUCGCGUCGAAGGGGAUCGUGGGAGGGGUUUGGUGAGGUGGGAGGGGGUCGGGUAUUAUGAGUUUGGAGACGAGGAGGGCGAACCGGGCAAGUUUCGCAUGAGCUGGUAG